AGAACUCUCUCUCUCUCUCUCUCUCUCUCUCUCUCUCAAACUGAAUUAAAAAUCAAACAAUCUUCUUCACUUUGGAGCUUCAGACCAUGUGAGCUCUGACAGAUUCUCUUUCUUCUUCUUUUUCUUCUUCCAGACCUAUUUCUCUCUCUCUCUCUCUCGAUCAAUGGCGGGCUCUUCGUCUCGGGGACGAAGUAGUUCACCAUUCAGCUACCGUAAGCCUGCGACUCCGUUCUCGUCAUCGUCUUCGUCGUCGUCGUCUUUGAUGAAUGGUGGUAAGCUCAUGCCUCGGUCGUGCUCGUCUUCUGCGACGUCGUAUUACGGCACUGGCAAUGGGUACAAUUCCAGAUCCAUGACUCCGAGUCUGCCGAAAGGAGGCGGAGGAGGGUUCGGAGGCCGCUCGCCUGUUGGUUUUGGAUCGGCGGAUGAGCUUCUUCUUGGAGACCCACUCGAUGCUCCGAGAUCAUCCGGCGGCGAUAGCAUUUCGGUCACCAUUCGGUUUCGGCCGUUGAGUGAACGGGAAUAUGAGAGGGGGGAUGAGAUUGCCUGGUACGCCGAUGGCGAUAAAAUUGUGCGCAAUGAGUACAAUCCAGCUACUGCCUAUGCAUUUGAUAAAGUUUUUGGACCCUCCACGGCAUCCCAGGAAGUAUAUGAAGUAGCUGGUCGACCAGUAGUCAAAGCUGCAAUGGAAGGUGUAAAUGGAACUGUCUUUGCCUAUGGUGUUACAAGUAGUGGGAAGACGCAUACUAUGCAUGGAGAUCAAAAUUCUCCAGGUAUAAUACCAUUGGCAAUAAGGGAUGUUUUCAGCAUGAUUCAAGAUACUCCAGGACGAGAGUUCUUACUUCGAGUGUCAUAUCUUGAAAUUUAUAACGAGGUGAUAAAUGACUUGCUUGAUCCAACUGGUCAGAAUUUGCGUGUCAGAGAAGAUGCACAGGGUACUUAUGUUGAGGGAAUAAAGGAAGAAGUUGUUUUGUCUCCUGGGCAUGUACUUUCUUUUAUUGCUGCUGGGGAAGAACAUCGUCAUGUUGGUUCGAAUAAUUUUAAUUUAUUGAGUAGCCGUAGUCAUACAAUAUUCACACUGAUGAUUGAAAGUAGUGCUCACGGUGAUGAAUAUGAUGGAGUGAUCUUCUCUCAACUUAAUUUGAUUGAUCUAGCUGGAUCUGAGAGCUCCAAAACUGAAACAACUGGAUUAAGGAGAAAGGAAGGAUCAUACAUUAACAAAAGUCUUCUAACUCUUGGAACUGUAAUUGGAAAACUAAGUGAGGGGAAAGCAUCUCACGUUCCAUAUCGAGAUUCCAAGCUUACCCGCCUCCUGCAAUCUUCACUAAGUGGCCACGGACAUGUUUCGCUUAUAUGCACAGUUACUCCUGCAUCGAGCAAUAUGGAGGAAACUCAUAAUACAUUAAAAUUUGCGAGCAGGGCAAAGCGCGUUGAGAUCUUUGCCUCGCGUAAUAAGAUUAUUGAUGAAAAAUCUUUGAUUAAAAAGUAUCAAAGAGAAAUAUCAGUCCUUAAAGAAGAACUUGAUCAGCUAAAGAAGGGGAUGGUUGCUGGUGUCAAUCAUGAGGAGCUUUUGACCUUAAGACAAAGGUUGGAAGAAGGUCAAGUGAAGAUGCAAUCAAGAUUGGAGGAAGAGGAGGAAGCCAAGGCUGCUCUAAUGAGUAGAAUACAAAGGCUAACCAAGCUCAUACUUGUUUCUACAAAGAAUACAAUUUUGAAUGAGGUGCCCAGUCAUCAACAGAGUCAUUCUGUUGGCGAAGAUGAUAAACUGGAUGUUUUGCAUGAUGGUUCUUUGCACAUAGAGAGUGAGAAUCACAAAGAUUCCCCAUCUUCUGCUUUGUUAGCUUCAUCAGAUCAUUCUAAUGAAUUUAAACACAGAAGAUCUUCCAGCAAGUGGAAUGAUGAACUGUCACCGACUGCCAGUACAGUUACCGAAUCAACUCAAGGUGGGAUGACAAUGUCAGAUCAAAUGGAUCUCCUAGUUGAGCAAGUUAAGAUGCUUGCAGGUGAGAUUGCAUUCAGCACCAGUACCUUGAAGCGUUUGGUGGAACAGUCUGUCAAUGACCCUGAUAACUCGAAAACUCAAAUUCAGAACUUGGAACGUGAAAUCCUUGAAAAGAGGAGGCAGAUGAGGAUUUUGGAACAACGUAUUACUGAGAGUGGUGAGGCUUCAAUUGCUAAUGCUUCAUUGGUUGACAUGCAACAGACGGUGAUGAAAUUGAUGGCCCAGUGUAAUGAAAAAGGUUUUGACCUAGAGAUAAAAUCAGCAGAUAAUCGCAUCCUCCAGGAACAACUGCAGAACAAGUGUGCAGAGAAUAAGGAAUUGCAAGAAAAAAUAAGUCUCUUGCAACAACAAUUGGCUUCAACGAGCAGUGGGAAAUUAUCACCUUCUGAAUGGUGUCCAUCUGAAGAAUACGUAGAUGAGUUGAGAAAGAAAAUUCAGUCCCAGGAAAUUGAGAAUGAGAAACUAAAGCUAGAACACGUACAGAUUUUAGAGGAGAACAGUGGAUUACGUGUGCAGAAUCAAAAAUUGUCUGAAGAAGCUUCUUAUGCAAAGGAACUGGCCUCUGCUGCUGCGGUUGAGUUGAAGAAUUUGGCUGGUGAAGUCACAAAGCUUUCACAACAGAAUGCAAAACUGGAGAAAGAAUUAUUAGUUGUUCGGGAAUCCACACAUUCUAGGGGCUCUGGUUUACAAACUGGUAAUGGGGGCAACCGGAAGUAUAGUGACAGCAUAAAACCAGGGAGAAAAGGACGGCUUUCUGGCCGUUCUAAUGAAGUUUCAGGAAUGGUCUAUGAUGAAUUCGACUCGUGGGAUCUUGACCUAGAUGAUUUAAAAAUGGAGUUGCAGGCAAGGAAACAACGGGAGGCGGUCCUUGAGGCUGCCUUGGCUGAGAAGGAAUUUGUUGAAGAUGAAUACCGGAAAACUGUUGAAGAAGCAAAGAAAAGGGAGGUAGCUUUGGAAAAUGAUUUAGCCAACAUGUGGGUGCUUGUUGCACAGCUGAAAAACGAGGGGGGAGCUAUCCCUGAGUUCAGCAUGAAUGGGAGGCAUAUUGAUGGAAUAAACCAUGUGAAUGAUCCUAAAUUAGAUGUUGACAGUAAGGAUACCGUCCUCAAAGAGAGGCGAGUUGCGGAUGUGACAAAACCAACUCAAGAUGUUUCCAAGGAAGAAUCCCUUGUUCUUCGUUUGAAGGCUCGAAUGCAAGAGAUGAAGGAAAAAGAACUCAAAUUUUCGGGGAAUGGGGAUGCAAAUUCUCAUGUAUGUAAAGUAUGUUUUGAAUCACCAACUGCCACAAUGCUUCUCCCUUGCCGGCAUUUUUGUUUGUGUAAAUCCUGUUCGCUUGCUUGUUCCGAGUGUCCAAUCUGUCGCACAAAGAUCGCAGAUAGGAUUUUUGCUUUCACUUGAUAAUAGUGUGCUUUAUUAUCCCCUGAAUCUGGGUCAGGGCUUUGUUGUAUUUCACCUGCAUCUAGUUUUCUCUGGAAAGAUUGGUGCCAUUCUUUUAUUAGUUAGCCGCCUGUAUGUAACUGCUGAAAAGGUAUAUUUGUCUCUGUACCCUCUCCCAAGGGCUGUAAAAUAAGAGGGAAAAAAAAAUGUAAAAACUAAAUAUAAGCACAUUUGGAAAUUUCCAAUGCAGCAUGCUCUGUUUUGUUUCUCAAAUACCCAGAAGUGUGGAUAUAUACAUUCUUCAAACAUAUCUUGCAAUGUAUACAACAAUGUAAGCUCCCUACAAGAAUAUUUAUUUCCCCCUCUUUGUACGACUGUUGAA